AUGACGGCCCCGCGCGUGGCCUGCUGCCUGCUGGGCCUGCUGGCCCUCGCCUCCGCCUGCUACAUCCAGAACUGCCCGAUCGGGGGCAAGCGCUCCACGCGGGACCUCGACGUGCGCCAGUGCCUGCCCUGCGGCCCGGGCGGCCAGGGCCGCUGCUUCGGGCCCCGCAUCUGCUGCGGCGACGAGCUGGGCUGCUUCGUGGGCACGGCCGAGGCGCGGCGCUGCCAGGAGGAGACGUUCCUGCCGUCGCCCUGCCAGUCGGGACAGCGGCCGUGCGGCACCGGGGGCCGCUGCGCCGCCGACGGCAUCUGCUGCAGCCCCGAUGGCUGCAGGAUGGAUCCCGCCUGCGACCCCGAAGCCGCCUUCUCCCAGCGCUGA